AUGACGACAGCAGCAUACUUCACCCACGGUGGGUCGGACCUCUUCUACGUCGUCGAAGGCACGGGGGCGCCGAUCCUCCUCCUCCACGGCUGGACCUGCGACCACCUGGACUGGAGCUGGCAGCAGCCGUUCCUGCAAGGGCUCGGAUUCCAGACCAUCGCCAUUGAUCACCGCGGCCACGGGCGUUCCGCGGUCCCCCCACCCGCAAACGACACCUCCUCCUACAGUCCAGAGGCCCUCGCCGACGACGCGGCCGCGCUGCUCGCGCACCUCGGCGUCGAUGGCGCCGUCGUCAUGGGCCACAGCCUGGGCACCGUCAUCGCGUCCGCGCUGGCCGUGCGCCACCCGCACCUCGUCCGCGCCCUCGUCCUCGUCGACCCCGUCUAUUACCUGCCCGGCGCGGCGCUGGACCCCUUCGCCGCGCAGAUGGAAUCUCCGGACUCGCCCGCCCUGGCCGCGGGCUUCUUCGAGCAGAACUUUUACACCGAUGCCACGCCUGCGUGGCUGAAGGCGUGGCAUCGGCACCGGACCUGGGGAAACAAACCCCAUGUUGUUAGCGCGGUGAUUAAGGAGCUGUACGGGAAAGAGGGCAGUAUCGGGAGGAGGGAGAAUGCGGUGGGUUAUAUGAAGGGAAGGAAGGCGCCGAGGUUCGUGGCGUGUGCGGAUCAGGUUAAGGUGGAUUUGGAGCAUGAGAUUGGUGUUGAUGAGGCUACGGAUCGGGUGGAGCUUAUUGCGGAAGGGCAUUGGCUGCAUCAGCAGGGUUCCGAGGCCUUUCACAAGGGGCUGCAAUCCUGGUUCGCGGCGCAAGAUUUAUUACCUAAAUGA